AUGUCACAGAGUAUCGACGUAAGUGGGAGGUACACAGACACAGGGAAUAUCCUACAAAUAGAAUACGCCAGGAAGGCAGCAGCAAAAGGACACACAACAAUAGGAAUACAGUAUAAAGAUGGAGUUAUACUAGCAGUGGAUAAGAAGGCACCUUCAAAAUUAGUGGACAUUAAGAAGUACCUGUUCAUAGAGAGCAUAUCCGAUGCAUUCGCACUGGCAUACACCGGAAUGGGCCAUGAUGCAUUCGUGUUAAAGCAUGAACUUAAAAAGUACUGCAUAGAAGUACUGCAGGCCAGGGAGAGGGAACCAUUAGAGGAAGAAAUGCUUGAUCAGAUCAGGAUGUAUUUAGUACACUUUACGUCAUAUAUGUCAUGGAGACCUGUCGGGUGCGAGUUCUUGCUGUCCUCACAGGGUGCACAGGGCGUGAACCUAUUCCAUAUUGAUCCGUCAGGUGCAGUGAAUAAGUGCCGUGCUUAUGCGGUUGGUCUUAAUGCACAGGCUGCUAAGACUGAGUUAGAGAAGGUUCAGGACAUAACCACACGGGAUGAUGCCGUACAAGCAGCCAUCCGGGUACUUCACUUAUCCAAGGAUGAGCUGUCAGAUGGCUUGUUUGUUAUUGAGAUGGUUGAGGUGUCUAAGGAUGCUGGGAUUAAACGGGUGCCUGAGGAUGAGAUUAAUUCAAUUUCUGAGGGGUUUAUUAGUGGGCACAGUUAGUGGAUUAUAUUUUGAUAUUCGGGUUAAUU